AUGACAGUAAAACCAGAGAUCUGUCUCUGUGGUCCUGACGAUAUCCCUGUUGAAUUCUGGAAGCGAAUGGGAGAUACUGGCGUACUGUUUCUGACUAAACUUUUCAACAAUUUCCUAGCUGAUGAAAUUCCUGACGAAUGGCGGAAAAGCUUUCUCAUCCCUUUUUAUAAACAUAAAGGUGAUAUAAGACUCUGCGACAACUACAGAGCUAUAAAGCUGAUCUCACAUUCCUUCGAAAUAUGGGAAAGAGUCAUCAAUCAAAGGCUACUUGAAAUAACUAGCGUCACUGAAAACCAAUGCGGAUUCGCUGCCGGUAACCGAAUGCCCGUUUGCAUAAAGGGACGAGUAUACAAAACAGCCGUCAGACCAGCCAUGACAUACGGAGCUGAAUGCUGGCCUCUCAAAAAGCACUACGAAAACCAACUGCACUGCGCAGAGAUGAAGAUGCUCAGGUGGGCAGGUGGUGUGACUAGGCUGGACCAUGUCAGAAACACAUAUAUACGAGGAACCUUCAAAGUAAGACCUAUCCCAGAAAAACUACAGGAGAGCCGCCUGCGGUGGUACGGACACAUUAUGAGGUGA